UAUGUCCGCUAAAUUGUUUAGUGUAUUAAAUAGUUCUUCAUUUUGUAUUAUAUUUUCUAUAUUUAUGCCAACAAGGUCCCUUCUCAUUCUUUGUAGUUCUUGAGUAUUUGUUUGUCUUUCGCAAUUAAAUACAUACUAUGUGUUCUGGUGUGCCUAUUUCUCCACAUUCACAAUAUUCAUUGUCUUUUAAGUCUAACAUAAUAAUGGACGAAAUAAUAGAAGCAGUACGUAAAGGUCAUGGUUACAGAACGGGGAACAAGGAAAUCCAAAUAUUAUGUUAUGCAGACGACGCCGCAUUAAUCGCCGAGACAGAAGACGAUCUCCAAAGAUUAACACACAUCUUCAAUACAGCAGCCAAAAAAUACAAUAUGAUAAUAUCAGCAGAAAAACCAAAUGUAUGACAGCAUCUAAAUACCCACUACGAUGUAAAAUCGAAAUUGAUGGGAAAAUAAUAAAGCAGGAAGCAAGGUUUAGAUAUCUGGGAACAGAUAUACUUAACCAGUUAUGGAGAUGUUGAAGAGGAAGUACGACAACAAAGCUUAAAAGCAAGUAAAGCGGCGGGAUCUCUUAAUGACACAAUCUGGAAGAACAAACACCUAACACAAGACACAAAAGUAAGAAUUUAUAAAGCAGUAAUUAUACAUAUAUUGACAUACACGGCGGAGACAAGACCUGACACAUCUAAAACGAGACGACUACUAGAAACAACAGAGAUAAAAAUACUCAGACGAAUAUCAGGGAAAAGUCUGUUGGAUAGGGAAAGAAGCGAAAACAUAAGAUCAUGCAAUCUAGAAGACAUAGAUGGAUGGGUGACAAAACGGAAACAGGAGUGGAACGAACACUUUAGUAGAAUGGCAGAGGAUAGGGUAGUACUAAUAGCACGAGAUAAGUCACUAAAUGAACAAAGAAGUAUUGGCAGACCAAGAAAAAGAUGGUGGGAUAACUUAAACAAUUUAGGAGGCUAAUAUUGAAGAAAAAAUAGGCUUUAAAGCCUACAUACAAGAAGGAAGUAGAAGAAGAAAGAAAUUUUUGAGUAACCAAAGGUUAAGUGUGCAAAUCCGAUAUCUGAUGGUAAAAUAUUAUAUCCACUCUAUUCUUCUUUACAUGUCGAAGCCUUGACUGUUAAUGUUGACUUAAUGAGAAAGUUAGAAUAUUUUAAGAUGUGUUUUUUGGAGAAUGUUGAAAAUACCAUGGACCAAGCAUAUUAGUAACGAAAUGGUCUUGCACAGAAUGGGAAGAGAUAGAGAACUUUUGACCAACAUUAAAAAGAGAAAAACAACAUAUUUGGGGCAUAGAAAUUAUAAGUACGAGUUGUUGCAGCUGAUUAUGAAGGGUAACAUCAAAGGAAAAAAGUGUGCUGGUUGACGAUAAAAAUAUCCUGGCUGGAAAACAUCUGCAACUGGACCAGGUUAAAUAUACAGACCCUUUUAAGAAAAGCAGGAGAUACAGAUGAAUUUGCAAUGGUUAUAGCCAACCUUCAUUAGUAGAGAUAGCACUAGAAGAAGAAAAUUGCUAUAGUAUUUGAUGUGGAUCGUUUUUUGAACAUACCUAUGAUGUUGAAAAGAAGCUAUAUUUAACUUACCUCAGCUUAGUAGCUUAUUUUAAAUUAAUUACGUAAAUUACAUAUAUGACUCAACUAACUCUUCGUUAUUGAUAUUUUAUGGACUUUACGGUCUUUUAUCCUUGAUGUAUUAGCCACUGUUGUGACUGGCUGAUUGACACCUAGUCCAUGCCAUUAAAAAAUAAUCAUUUUGGAACGGUUUAAAUUGGUGUCCGAGUCAGAGCAGCAGUUAAAGCUAAAAAACAUUAUUAACUUUUUCACUAGACUAUUUUUUUUUCUUUUUUUACUUUUCUACUUGUUCACGAGACUUUGGUUGAGAUACAAGAUAUUGUUAACAAGAAUAUAUCAAAGUUAAUAUUUAGAGUUUAAUAAACUUACCGAUUUUAAUAUUUUAAAUUAUUGUAGGUGUUUUGUUUAAAGAAGACGGUCAAAUCCUUGUAACCAGUGAAUAUGCAGGUGUUGCAAGGACUUAUACUUUUAUUAUUGGUGGGAUCUUUAACUGCACUGCCUAAUUCACUUUCAGCAUCUGGGUUAAAUGGUGCUGUUGUGAGCAAUGCACCAGGAUGUGCACAAGUUGGAAGGGAUAUUUUAAAAAAAGGCAAAAAUGUGGUAGAUGCAGUCAUUGCCACCGCUUUUUGUGAAGGUGUCCGAAAUCCUACAACCAUUGGCGUAGGCGGAGGAUUCCUCGCUACCUAUUAUAACAAAGCCAAAAAUAAAGCGUACUCUAUUGAUUCGAGAGAAAGAGCACCUUAUGCAGCUACUGAAGAUAUGUUCGUUAGAAAUCAAUCUCUUGCUAUUAGAGGUGGUCUAUCUGUAGCAGUUCCUGGGGAAACUCGAGGAUACUGGAUACUAUACAACAAAUUUGGAGGUGGAGUUCCAUGGAGUUCCUUAGUAGAACCUACAAUUAAACUCUGCGAAGAAGGAAUUGAAAUGAACGAACUUACCUACAAUAACCUAAGAGAUCUUAUCGAUGUUGUCAGGGGUGAUCGUGGAUUAAGGGAAAUUUUUAUUAAUCCAGCUACGGACCAAGUUUAUAAGAAGGGAGAAAAAUAUAGAAGAGUGAAAUUUGCUCAAACAUUAAGAGUAAUUGCAAGAGAAGGUGGAAAUGCGCUGCAUGACGGAUCUCUUACUAAAAAUUUUGUCGCAGAUAUCAAAGCUAACGGUGGCAUUAUUACCGUAAAGGAUUUAGCUGAUUUCAAGGUGGAAUUCCUUAAUCCAAUUAAUACGACAUUCAGCGGAAAACAGAUAUAUUCUUUUCCCUUACCUGGAUCAGGGAUAAUAAUGACAUAUAUUUUAAAUAUACUAGAAAACUAUUUACCUCGCAAUGAUCAUUUUUCAGUGAAAACUUACCAUAGAAUAAUCGAAGCCCUAAAGUACGGUUAUGCUAUGAGAAGCGGGCUUGGAGACAAAGAUUUUGUUCCUGGACUGGAUGAUAUGGUGGCCAAGUUGUCUUCCAAACGUUUUGCCGCAGAGACCAGACAGAAAAUUACAGAUUUCAAAACAUUCAAUGACGCCACACACUAUGGUGCUACAUUCGAAUCAAUUCAAGAUCAUGGUACAGCUAACCUCUGUGUUUGGGGUCCAAAUGGUGAUGGUAUAGCUCUUACAACCAGUAUUAAUUAUAUCUUGGGAGCAGGAUUUGUUUCAGAAAGCACCGGCAUCAUACUCAAUGAUUCUAUGGAUGAUUUCUCAACACCGGGAUUGGUCAAUGAAUACGGUUAUCUUCCAUCUCCAUCAAAUUUCAUUCGUCCGGGAAAACGACCACAGUCCUCAAUGUGUCCGACAGUCAUAUUGGAUAAAAGAAACGACCUUUUCAUGAUCGUUGGCGGUGCCGGAGGAAGUAAAAUUAUUUCAAGUGUAACGCAGGUUAUACUCAAUCGCUUAUACUUUAACAUGGAUGUGGAAAGUGCAUCCGGUCUACAAAGGAUACAUCACCAACUUUUCCCAAUGACAUUGGAUAUGGAGGACGAUUGGGUACAUCAGAAUCCAGAAGUAGUAAGAGGUCUCCAAAGUAAAGGUCACAAUCUAACCAUCUCUUAUCCAGAUGGGUUUGUAGCAGUAACUACGAUAUCCUUAGAUAUGUAUAAAAGAAGUAUCGUUGGUGUAUAUGACAAAAGAAGAAGUGGUUCAGUUGCCUAUAUGUAGUUAGAAUACAAGUAAUUAAAUUAAAUGUAUGGGUUUGUA